AUGGCCCAUGUGGACUUUACGGUUCUAAGAGGAAUUCAAAGGGUCUACAAACCGGGAAAGAACAAUACCGAGUUCCACAAGAACACAAGACAAGCUCAACUUGACAGGAACUGGGAAAAUCUUAAUAACAAGAUUGACAAACGAGAAGAGAUCUACAACAUGAAUAAAUAUACUGUUGCAGUGAUCAUCACCAAGCAUUUCAUCACAUUGGCGAUGAGAGAUAAGUUGAGCACUGAAGCUGAUUGGCAAGACCUCCAAGAAGAUCACAUGAAGUUGUUGAAGCGUAUGAAGACGUUCAUGACUGUCACGGAUGAGACCGAAUGGCAACAUUUUGGACUCAUGGAAUCUCUCAAGAGAUUCAUGAACUGUACUCAGAAGCAAAAUGAGUCUGUUAACGAUUACAGAAGACGGUUCAAAGCCCAAGCUGAUCAAUUGUUCGAGAUCCUUGGCACCAAUGUGUUGCAUGUCUAUGCAACCAAGACGAUGGGGUACCUAGAUCUAUACGAUCCAGAGGACGAUCCGGACGAUACCAAGGCACUCCAAGACGCGUUCAAGAAAGAAGUUCUCGAAACAUUUACAGCAAGUGCAUUUUUCUACUACUGUGACAGGUCUCGUUUCCAAAGCAUGUUGGACAAGGCAAACUAG